AUGGACUCAGAGUAUGAGCAAGGCCACGUACGUAAGCUGCAAGCACAACACAUGAAGAUUCAGGAGAAAACGUUCACCAACUGGGUCAACAACAUCUUUCACCAUGGCAGGGUUGGCAUCAAGAUCCAGAAUAUGUACACUGAGCUGGGAGAUGGAACCCACCUGCUGAAGCUGCUUGAGCUCAUCUCCGGGGAGGUGCUGCCCCCGCCCAACCGGGGCCGAAUGAGAGUGCAUUUCCUGGAAAACAGUGGCCGGGCUCUAGCCUUCCUGAGGUCCAAGGUGCCAGUGCCCUUGAUUGGUCCAGAGAACAUCGUAGAUGGGGACCAGACUCUCAUCCUUGGACUCAUCUGGGUCAUCAUCCUGCGUUUCCAGAUCUCUCACAUUUCCCUGGACAAGGAGGAAUUUGGGGCCAGGGCAGCCCAGCUGUCUGCUAAGGAGGCGUUGCUGGUCUGGUGCCAGCGGAAGACAGCUGGCUAUCCCCACGUGAACAUCACUGACUUCUCUCAUAGCUGGAGCGAUGGGCUGGGCUUUAAUGCCCUCAUCCACGCCCACAGGCCUGACCUGAUCAGGUACAGCUCUCUGCAGCCAGGACGCCCCCUGCACAACCUGGAGAACGCUUUUGAGGUGGCUCACAGAGAUCUGGGCAUCUCCAGGCUGCUGGAUCCCGAAGAUGUAGCCGUUCCGGAGCCCGAGGAGCGCUCUAUCAUGACCUAUAUCUCUCUCUACUACCACUAUUUCUCCCACCUACACCAGGGGCAGACCGUCCAGAAGAGAUUGGCCAAGAUCCUGCAGCAGCUCCAGGAGACGGCCGCAUUCCAGGCUCAGUACGAGCGGCUCGUGGCCGACCUGCUGGCCUGGAUCACCGAGCGGGAGGCCCAGCUGGAGGAGCGGCGCUUCCCAGACACCCUCCCGGCCAUGCGGCAGCUGCUGGCCGCCUUUGCCGCCUUCCGCACCGAGGAGAAGCCCCCUCGGCUAGAGCAGCGAGGGACAGCCGAGGCGCUGCUCUUCCGCCUGAGCACUGCCCUUCGGGCCCAGAACCGCCGGCCUUUCCUGCCCCCCGAGGGCCUGAGCCCCGGGGAGCUGGCCGGGCGCUGGGCAGGCCUGGAGAGGGCUGAGGCCCGUCGGGAGCAAGCCCUGCAGCAGCAGCUGCUGAGGCUGGAGAGGCUGGAGACGCUGGCCCGACGCUUCCUGCGCAAGGCCGCCCUCCGGGAGAGCUUCCUGGGGGACAUGGAGCGGGUGCUGGAGCAGCUGGGCACCCCUGUGGUCAGCUCCGCCCUGCUGAGUGCUGCUGGCCAGAAGCUGGGCGCACUGGAGGCAGAUGUGCUGCCCCAGGAGGGCCGUUUCCAAGCCUUGGCUGAGAUCGCCUCCUUCCUAGAGCAGGAGCAAUACCACAGCUGGGCAGAUGUGGCCCAGAGGCAGAAGGAGAUCUCUCAGCGCUGGGAGCGGCUCCUAGGAGGGCUUCGAGAAAGGAGGGAGCAUCUGGCAAGCUCUCGGGUGGCAUUGGGGGUGCUUCAAGAGGUUGAUGCUGCUGAUGAAGAGCUGAAAGAACUACAGGUGCUGGCAAGUUCCCCGGUGUGUGGGCAGCAUCUCACAGAGGUGGUGGAGCUUCUGCAGAGACAUGAGCUGCUGGAAGCUCGAGUCUCCUCCCAGAGUGCCCUUGUGAGCCGCCUUGUCCAAAGGACCACACAGCUGAGCACUGUUCCAGGCACCAACCUGGAUGGGCUGCAGAUUCGAGCCUGGGGCUUGUCACAGGUCUACCAGAGCCUGAUUUUACUCGUUAGAGCCCGGCGGGCCCUGCUGGAACAGGCGCUACAGCAGGCUGAGUUCCUGAACAGAUGUGAGGAAGCAGAAUCCUGGCUCAGAGAGAGGAUGCAACUAACUCAGGCGGCUACCUUGGGCCGGGACCUGGGCCAGCUCACAGCAGCUCUGUGGAAAUAUAAGGCCCUGGAGACUGAAGUCGGCUCCCACCAAGCAGUGUGCAUGGAAAUCACAAGGAAGGCAAGGGAGCUGAGCCCCCAGAGCCAUCCAGGCCAGCCAGACCCACAGGAGAGGGCAGAGAACAUCCACAUCCAGUGGCAGCACCUCUGGGAUAAGAUGGCAAAGUUCCUGGCCCGUCUCCAGGCUGCCCUGCUCAUCAAGCAGUAUUUUGCAGAUGUGAGUGAGGUAGAAUCAUGGCUGCAGGAGGAACAGUCCCUCUUGGCCAGUGAGGACUAUGGGAAAGAUGGAGCUGGCGUGUCUGCCCUGCUCCAGCGUCACCAGCGAUUGGAGCGAGAAGUGUGGGCCUGUGGGCUGGAGGUGAGGCGGCUAGAGGAGCAAGCCCAGACGGCGGCCACCCAAGCCCCACUCACGGUGGAAAGCCAGGGAGUCUGGAGUCCGGUGGAUGGGGAAGGAGUCAAGAAGUCCCAGGGCUGGACACAGACCUCAGAAGCCUCAGCAGUGUCUGGCCAUCAGCUCCGGGUCAGGAUGCGCUUCACAUACAGAGGGGAGAACCUCACCUGGAACCGAGGAGACAUCCUGGAGCUGGUUGCCAAGACAGGUCCUUCCACCUGGAGGCUAAAGGACCCAGAAGGUUGCCAGGCAGAAGUGCCAAUAAGCUAUGUUACAGAGCUCGAACCUCCUCAGGUGGCAUCACUGAUGAACCCCUUCUAUGAAAGACCAAGGAGCCAGGAAACCAGGCAGAUGUCCUCACAGCGAUCUGUCCACUGGGGCACUCAGGAGAUCACCAGCCCAUUGGAACUGGAUCUUCAUUUUGACCCUGAAACAAUCCGCAAGACCCAGGACCACCUGAACCAGGAGUACCAGGGCCUGCAGACCCUGGCACAGCAUCGCAGGACCCGGCUAGAAGAAAUGUCUACCCUAUUCUGCUUCUAUGACUCUUGUGGAGAACUCCAGUCCUGGCUAGAGGACCAGACAGUGCUGUUCCAGACCCUGAACCCCCAGGCUGAGAAUGCAGAGGUCGACAGGAAUAAAUUUGAGAAUUUCCUCAUUGCUCUGGCUGUGGGGAAAGGACACUUGGCAGAGAUCAGCAGCUCAGCAGAAAAACUGAGGCAGAGAAUUCCUGAUCAUGCAGCCCGGAUCCAGCAGUGGCAACAGGAACUUGGUCAGAGAUGGGAGCAGCUGGAGGCACUGAAGGAGGAGAAGGGAUUGCACCUGGCAAGCAUGGUGGACGUGCACAGCUUCCUGCAGGAAUGUGGAUCCACCCAGAGCCAGCUUCAGGAUGUUCUGGUGAAGCUAGAGUCCAUGAGGCCAGCGGACUCAGUGGGCAGCAGCGGGCGACGUUCCCUGCACUCAACCCAGCAUGAGAUCUUGGUGCUGGAGCGCAAAAUCUGUUACCUCGUCAGUGUGGUGACCAAGAUUGAAGAGACAAGCCCUACAGGGAGCCCAGUAUUGUGGGAACAAGUGGAGACCCUGCAGGCCUUGCUGAAGCGAGUGCGGGAAAGGGCUGCCCAGGCGGCUCAGGCCCAGAUCCAGGCCCAGGCAGGGCACAACUUCCUGAGGGAGAGUCGGCAGCUGCUGCUAUGGGCAGAGGGCAUUCAGUCUCAGCUGGAUAACAAGGAGAUGGGCGUGGAUGUGGCCUCUGCCAAGCAACUGCUGGAGGAGCACAGAGAGGUGCUGGAAGAGAUCCGGGCCCAGCAGGAAAGGAUGAGACAGCUGGAGGCUCGGGGCCAACAGCUAGCCAACCUGGAACCACAGGAGACCCAAGCGGUGGCAAGCACUGUGAAGCAGCUGGGUCAGCAGGCUCACAGAGUGGACGUGGCAUGGAAGCAGCACCAUGGGUGGCUGCAGCGAGGGCUGGAACUACAGAUGUUUGUGCGAGAAGCAGAUGGCUUCAGUGCCGCCUGUGCCAACCAUGAGGCAUUCCUCCGCCUGGACAGCCUUGGGGAGGACGUGGGCGAGGUGCAGAGCUGGUUGCAACGACACCAGGAAUUUGACCAGCUCCUUGAGACCUUGGGUCCACGUGCAGAGCGCCUGAGGUCCCAUGGGGAGAGGCUGAUAGAGAACCAACAUUUUGCUACCCAUAUGAUCAGAGAAAGGAUAGCAAAUAGCCAGGAUCGAUGGACCAAACUCCAGGAGAUGAGUAAACAAAGGAAGAAGCAGCUGCUGGCUUCCCUCCAGUUACAGGAAUGGAACCGAGAUGUGGCUGAAAUGAUGUUGUGGAUGGAGGAGAAAUGUUUGAUUGCAGCUGAUGAGUCACACCGAGAGCCUGGCAUUGUUCUCCGAAAGCUCAAAAGGCAUGAGGCAGCUGAGAGUGAGGUCCUGGCAAACCAGCCAAGGAUAGAGCAGCUAUGGCAGGUGGGAGAGGAGCUUCUAGACACCAAGCAUGAUGCCCAGAACGACACGCAAGCAAAGCUACAGGACCUAGACAAAAAAUGGAAGGAGCUGAAUCACAAAAUGGCAGAACGUGGAGAUAAGCUGCGGCAGGCAGGACAACAGGAGCAGCUCAUGGAAUUGCUACAGGAGGCCAAAGAUAAAAUGGAGCAGAUGGAGCGGGGGCUACAGAGCGCAGAGAUGGGUCGAGACCUCCGCUCCAGCCGAGAUCUACAAAUAAAGCACAAGCAGUUGGAGAGUGAGAGCCAAGAGCUGGCAGAUAAGAUGAGCACCAUUGUUACCCAAGCCCAUGGUGUUGCCGCCAAUCACUUUGACUCCCAGACCAUCCUGGAUGAGACACAGAAAUAUCUCCAAAGGUUUCAGGCGCUUCAGGGACCACUGGCAGCACGCAGACAGCAGCUACAGGUAUCCGUCGAGCUCCACCAGUUCUACCACUCACAAGGUCUGGAGAUCACCUGGAUAGAGGAGCGCAUGCCCAGGGCCAGCUCUAAGAUGUGCGGCAAGUCCCUGGAUGCAGCCCAGAGGCUCCUGUACAAGCACAAGGAGCUUCAGGCAGAGGUGAAUGCUCACCAGGUCCAAAUGCAGAAAGUGUUGGCAUGUGGGCAAAGCAUGGCAGCCUGUGGGCACCCUUCUGCACAGGACAUCACAGAAAGGUGCCGGAAGCUGGAAAGCUGCUGGCUGGGGCUGAAUGAUGCCUGCGAGGGGCGAGCCAGGCAGCUACAUCAGUCUAUUGCCUUCUAUCAGUACUUGCUCGAUGUAUCAGACUUGGAAGGCUGGUUGGGAGAGAAACGACCUUUAGUGAGCAGCCAAAACUAUGGCAAGGACCAGUUGGCCACCAUCAGCCUCAUCAAGAAGCACAAGGUCCUAGAACAGGAGCUAGCCCUCUAUGGGAGCUUUGUAGCAGAGCUCAUCCAGACAGCACAAACCCUCACCAGUCCCAGGUGCCCUGAUGAAAUCCCUGUGCCUCCAGGACGGCUACAGAACCAGCUUCAGGAACUGCAGGAACUAGCAACCACAAGAGGCCGUCGGCUGGAGGAGGAACUGAGGCUGCAUGAGUUCAUCCAGGAGGCUGAGGAGCUACAGGAUUGGCUGGCCAGGCAGAAGCAGGUGGCCUGUAGUGAGGAAGACCCUGGAGAAGACUACACACAUGUGCUGCACCUCCGGGCCAAGUAUGAGCUGUUUCAGCACCAGGUGGAGACAGGUGGAAGGCGAGUAGCAGCCUGCCAACAGCUAGCAGAGACCCUGCUGGAGGCCCGGCACAGUGCCACCCAAGAGAUCCGCCAGAGGCAGCAGCAACUACAGAGUGCAUGGGCAGAGCUGUGGGGGCUGACCCAAGCACGGGGCCAGUCACUCAGGGAUGCAGAGACAGUGCUCAGAAUUUACCAGAACCUUAAGGAUGCCCUAGACCACAUACAGGAGAAAGCCACAAGCCUUCCUGAUGAUGUGGCACAGGAUAGGCACGGGGCCGAGGCUCAGCUCCGGCGGCACGAGGAGCUGGAACACGAGCUCUUGGGCAUUGAACGGCAGCUGCAGGAGCUAGUGGAUACCGCUGAUGAGAUACAGAAGCUGUCCUUGGGAGCACAGGUGGAGGCCCUGCAGAGCUGCCAAGAGGCUGUGGUGCAGAGCUGGGAGUCGCUGAGACUGCGGGUGGAAAGGCGCCGGGGAGAGCUGGAACAGGCCUGCUUGCUCGCUGGCUUCCAUAUUGUGGUACAGGAGUAUUCAACAUGGGCGACUGGAGUUCAGAGGGAGCUACAGGCAAAGGAGACCUCCCGGGAUGCCAGCAGCAGCCACUUGCAACUUAGUAUGCACCAGGACGUCCGGGCCGAGCUAGAGACCCGGGAGGAGGUGUACCAUCGGGCAGUCCAGCUUGGACAGGGGCUGCUCCUGAAGGAGGGAGCCCCUGUUGGAGAGAUCCAGGAGAAGCUGGGAGCCCUACAGGAAGAGCGGCAGAAGGUGUUCCGAGCUUGGCGAGGGAAGCAGGAGAAGCUGAUGACCAUGCACCUUGAACAGCUCUUCCGCAGAGACUGCGACUACUUCAAUAAGACGCUCACUGCACAGGAGGUCCAUCUCAAAACCAGUACCUUGGAGAGCUCAGUGGAGGGACUGGAGAGACUGAUCCGGAAGCAUGAAGCUUUCCAGAAGAUUCUGGCUGCCCAGGAUGAGAAGGAGGCGGCCCUGCAGGAACAAGUAAAGCAUCUCAAGGGAGCCGGGGUGCAUGAGUUACUGAACCUGGUGCUGGAGCGGCGAGUGAGAGUGAAGGAGCAGGCCCAUAGCCACGGGGAAGCCCUGCAUACCUCCCUGUUGCUGGCGUGCUUCACCAGGGAUGUGGCUGAGGCAGAAGACUGGAUCCAGGAGAGAACUCAACAACUGGAAGAACCAAGCCCAUGGGGUUCUGGUGACCUGAAGGACAAGCUGAAGUGCUUACAGAAACACCAGGUCUUUGAAGCUGAGGUCCAGGCCCAUGAGGAGGUUAUAAGUGGUGUCACCAAGAAGGGAGAAGCCCUCCUGGCCCAGAACCACCCUCAGGCUAGAGAGAUCCUGGAGAAACAGAAGUGGCUUCAGGAACGCUGGCACAAGCUGAGGCAGGCCAUGGUUGCCAGGGGCAGGGGCCUGGAGGACAAACGGGACUUCUUAGAGUUCCUACAGCGAGUGGAGCAAGUAGAGACCUGGAUCAGGGAGAAGGAAGUAAUGGUGAAUGUUGGAGACUUGGGACGAGAUUAUGAACACUGCCUACAACUCAGCAGACGCCUGAGUGAAUUCCGAGGCCCUGCCUUAUGGGAGACAGUGGAUGAUACCCAUAUCAAGGCCAUUAAUGCCAUGGCCCUUCAGCUCAAGAGCAGAGACCCAGAAGAGGUCAAGAUCACCUACCAGCGGCAACAUCAACUCAAUGAGAGAUGGAAUAGUUUCCAUGGCAACCUCCUCCAAUACCAGCGACAGCUAGAGGGUGCCCUGGAGAUACACGCACUGGUCCAGGAGCUGGACAAUGUCAUGGAGAGGAUUGGAGAGAAGAGUGCCCUGCUGCAGGCUCCCAACUAUGGAAAGGACCUGGGAGAUGUAGAGAGGCUUCUGAGGAAACAUGAUGAACUGGAUCGGGAAAUCAGCAUCAUCCAGGCCCAGAUGGAGCCACUGGAGCAGGCGGUGAGCCAGUUAUGUCAGAAUAGCCCCAGGGCAGCCCAAGUCCUUAUCAGCAAACAGCGGGAGUUGAGCAACAGCUGGCAGAGGCUUCAGGCUCAGGCCCAGCAGAGGAGGGAGAACCUGGAUUCCUCAUACCAAGUACAGAAGUUACACACCAUGCUGCAAGAACUGCUAGACUGGGGACGAGGGCUGAAGAUGAAGAUGGAGAUGGGAAGCCUUCCCAGCAGUCCUGCAGAGGCCAGACAUCUGAUGGAAGAGCACCAGGAACUCAAGGCAGAGAUAUCAGCCAGGGCAGAGAGAAUCAACUUGAUACGAAGCACUGGGAAACAGCUGCUUGGUGCCGGUCACCCAACAGCCCCAGAUAUCUGCCAGGCCCUGGCCAGUUUUGAGCAUGAAUUAACUGGGCUGGAGGAGAGCUGGCAGGAACAUCAACUCCGGCUGCAGCAGGCCUUGGAUCUGCAGGUGUUCCUGAGCUCUGUGGAGCAGAUUGAAAGUUGGCUCAACAAUAAAGAAGCAUUCCUGGCCAAUGAAGAUCUGGGGAAUUCCUUGGCCACUGUGGAGACCUUACAGUGGAAACACGAGCAGUUUGAGAAGGGGCUGGAGACCCAACUGGAGAAGAUCAGUGCUAUGGAAAUCAUGGCUCUCAACCUGAAUCAGAGCCAACACCCCGAGGCCCAGUGUAUCACCAGCAAGUGCCAACUGGUGCUCUCAAGAAAGGAGAAGAUGCUGGAGAGAAUCUGCCUCCGACGGCACCAGCUAGAGGAACUGCAGCAGUUACAGAGAUUCCUGCAGGACUCCUGUGAGGUGUGCAUGUGGCUGGGAGAGAAGAACCUUGUGGCCUUAGAUGAGGGUUGGAGGGAUCCUAGCACCCUGCAGGCCCAGCUGCAGAAGCACCAGAGCUUUCAGGCUGAGCUGGAUGCCAAUGCUCCCCAGCUCCAGAAACUGCAGGCGGAGGGGGAGAGACUGCUGAAGCAGGGGCACCCUGCCCUGGGGACCCUUCAGGAGCGGCUACAAGAGAUGGGAAGUCUCUGGAGUCAGCUGCAGGCCAACUGCCUCAAGAAAGGAACCAAAUUACAGGAUGCUUAUAAGGCCCUGCACUUCCACAGGAAAGUGGAGGAAGUGCAGAGGAGGCUAGAGAACUUGGAAGGGGAGCUUCAAGCUCCCCUGGGUGGACAGGACUUGGAGGGUGUGAAGGAGCUGCUGGCCACCCAGGGGGAGCUGGAGGCAGCCAUGGAGGGGCAGGAGGGACCAGUGCAGGCGCUGAUGGACCAGGCACGUGCCUUUGGCUCUGAAGACCACUUCCUAGCCAGGGAGAUAGAAGAGCAGGCCCAGCUGCUGCUGCAGAGGUACACAAACCUGAGGGAGCCCAUCCGAGAGCGCCGGGGGGCCUUGGAGGCUAAGAACCUUCUGUACCAGUUCUUCCAGGAUGUGGAGGAUGAGCUGGCUUGGGUGCAGGAGAAGCUGUCCUUGGCUACAGCCCAAGAUUAUGGACAGACCUUGAGUGCCAUUCAGCAACUCCAAGAGAAGCACCAGAACUUGGAAGAUGAGAUAAACAGCCAUGAGGCUCUGGCUCAGGUGGUACUGGACACAGGCCACAAGCUGGUUCAGAGUGGGCAUUUUGCUGCCAGUGAGGUGGCUGCCCGGCUUCAGCAGCUGAAAACAGCAAUGGGCAGACUUCGGGGUGAGACAGAGCAGAGACGAUGGAGGCUCCAGCAAGUUCAUGAGGCCCAGCAGUUUCUGACAGAGCUUCUCGAGGCAGAAUCUUGGCUGUCAGAACGAGGCCUUCUCCUGGACAAUGAGGAGCUGGGGCAGAAUGAGGAGACCACCGGGGCCAUGCUGCGGAGGCUAGAGUCCACAAAGAAGGAUCUGGAAGGAUUCCACACUCGGCUUGAGAAGCUACAGGAGACAGGCACCCGCCUAGAGGGCCGAACCAACCCAGAAAGCCUUAAGGCACUGACCUGUCUACAAACUCUGAGGGAGACCCAUAAAGGGUUACUGCAGAAAGCCAAGAGCCGGGCACGAUGCCUGCAAGAGCAACAGUACCUUUUUCAGUUGGAGCGGGAGGCCCAGCUUCUGGAUACCUGGUUGGCAGGAAAGCGGGCCACAGCUGAGUCCCAAGACUAUGGGAAGGACCUGGAGGAUGUCAAGGUGCUGGAAGAGAACUUCCAUACUUUCCAAAAGGAAGUGCAGAGCCUGGGGCCAACCAAGGUUCUGGGGUUUCUCGAGCUGGCUGGCAACCUGGAACGAGUAGCCCCCAGGUGCUACCCCAAGAUCCGGGCUCAAAGAAACCACAUCGAGGACUCCUGGGAACAGCUGAACAAAGCAAUAAGGAUCCGAGCAGAGAACCUGGUUUCUGCCAGAGAGGUCCAUGGUUUUGAUCAGGCAGCGGCUGAGUUAUGGAGCUGGAUACAGGAAAAGGCGACCGUGCUGGGUCAAGGGGACUUUGGCCACGACCUGUCAUCUGUGCAGGCCCUUCAACGGCAGCAGAGGAGCCUGGAGCGGGAGCUGGUAGCCAUGGAGAAGGAAGUGGGUCGGGUGCAGGCCGAAGCGGGAUGGCUGGGCCGGCUGUACCCGGCCGUUCAGGGAAGCCUGGCAGAAAGACUGGCGGAGGUGCAGGAAUCCUGGAGCGCCCUGGACCAAAAGGCCCAGAACCGAGGCCAGUGGCUGCAACAGGCUGAACGUGGCCACGUCUUCCUGAGCCGAUGUAGAGAGCUGCUAGGCCUGACCCAGGAGAUGCAGAGGUUAGUAACCCUGGAAGAAGUGUCUGGGGACAUGAGCAGGGCAGAAUGGCAACUCCUGCAGCAUGAGGGGCUCAGGCGGGACAUCGAGGAACACCAGCUCCUGGUGCAGGAUGCCCAGCGAGAAGGAGAGCGGCUGGUGGGCAGCGGCCAUUUUAUGGCCCAAGAGGUAAAGGAGUGGCUCCAAGAACUGGGAGACCAGCUGCGAGCAUUGCAGGAGAAGUGGGAGCAUCGCCAGGGGCUGUACAAAGAGAACUGGGAGCUACAGAAGCUCCGACAGGAGCUAGAAAAGGCUGACACUUGGCUGAGCUCGAGAGAGGGCCUCCUCCUGGACCCCAACCUCGGGAAUUCGGUGUCUGAUGUAGAAGAGCUACUCAGAAAGCACCAGGACCUUGAGAAGACAUUGGCAUCUCAGGAAGAGAAGUUUGACCAGCUGCAGAGGAAGACUAAGAAUGACCAUCAGGAAGAAGUAGAAGGUUUAAGGCCCAAGACCAUGGACAAGGGAAGUCUACGGGUCCCAUCCCUCCAGAAGAAGCCCCUGGGGUCAGGAGCAAAGUCGGCUGAUAGGAUAAACCUGGAGAAAAGGAUCCCUUUCCAGCCCUGGGCUUCCUUCACCACCAUAUUUCCCCCAUUGCAAACAGACAAGCAGAACGUCCCCCUACACAAGAGGGAGUCAAGUAGGGAACAACCCUUGGGAACGAGAGGGACCAGCUCUGCUUCUUUCCUACCCCCUGGAACCAUAUUAGGUCUAAAGGCUCCCCCUACCCUGGAGGAGCUAAAAAAGCAACAGUUCCUACCUUUCAGGAGGCAGCUGGGUGGGAGUCCCUGGAAGAAGUACGAUGGGGCAUUGCAGUGGGACCUCCUGAAGCUGAACCCAACCAUGAGAAAAACACCCGAGGAUGUGGCUUCCCCAGCCCCCCAACACCGAGUGGGAGCCCAGUGCGGAAAGUCGAGUGGCUUCCUUGAAAGGGAGGCCCCCUUCCACCUGAGUAACACUUCUGAAAUCCUGCUUCCAACAUCACCAGAAGGACAGGCUGGUCUCUCUCUACAAGUCCUGAGCAGCAAUGCCGCUCUUCCUGAGGCCCAAGGAUUAAGCCUAGAACCCAGAGCCAGACCUUUCAGCUGCUUGAAUGGGAACCCUGCCGAGAAACUGACGAGCAAGAUCAUCCUACCCAGGAGAAUGCCUUCCUUUAAGCCCCAGUGGAAGACAGAAUUUCUGGAGAGAGUUCCACAAGACUUCGUGCAGCCAUCAGCUCCUGGCCGUGGAAUGGGACCUGGGCCUUCAGAUGAGACAACAAGGGCUCCCGACCCCAGCACGGGGGAACGAGAGAAAUUCUAAAAAGACAUUCUGGAGAAACCAUGCUUCAGAAAGAGUGGACAUGAGGAAGGAGAAUAACUCGGCGUCCUGCUUCCCCAAAGCAGAGUCUUACACCCCAGCCCCAGUGUUUUUCUCAAACCUUUAAGAAAUCCCAACAAAGAUUUCAUUGGCUAACAAGAUAGAGCAGAGUAGGAGCGAGGACAGUGAUGAGGCUGUUUCUGCUGAAAUUAAGCUGCAUCUUCUGUCCUCCUUUUGGUUUAUUCAGUGUGUGGCAGUGCUGUCUCCAGGCCUCAUGCUUAAAGCAGUGUGGUACAGUGGAAAGAAUCUUGGAGCCCAAGCACCUGGAUUCAAAUCCUACUUACUACCAGUGUGACCUUGGGUAAAUUACAACCUCCCUGGGCCUCAGUUUCCUCAACUGUAAAAUGAGGGGUCAGACCAGGUGUUCUCUGUGGUCCUAUCCAGCUCCAGAUUGAUGAAUCCUGAGUAGAAGGAGCACUAGGAGUCAGAAGACCUAGAUUCUAGCUUUGGCCCAACCAGUUACUAACUGCGUGGUCUUGGACCUCACCUGAGCCUCCUGAACCUGCUUCCUCAUCUACAAAGUGUAAGGACUGGCCUCAAUGAUCCUGAAGGUCCCUUCCAGACUUCACAACCUUUGCUUCCUUCUCGAGGAAGCGGCUCUCUGACGUCUCCUCUGUUUGACCAUGGGGAUCACGCAGGAAGAACAAGCUUACCAGAAAGUCGAGGAGCAUGGAGGGGACUCUUAACAGGAUGAGAGAAAAGACCCAGGAGGAAAACAAAGAAGAAAAAACUAAAGAACCAAAGGGAACCCAACACAGGGGCAUAUGAGGGUCAAGAGGCACAAGGACAGGGGCAGCUAGGUGGCACAGUGAAUAGAGCACCAGCCCUGGAGUCAGGAGUACCUGAGUUCAAAUCCAGCCUCAGACACUUAACACUUACUAGCUGUGUGACCCUGGGCAAGUCACUUAACCCCAAUUGCCUCACUAAAAAAAAAAAAAAAAAGAGGCACAAGGACAGAAGGAAGCAUGACUUCUGAGCAUUUGGAGAUGUGGAUGGGAAACAGUGCUAUCCUAGAAAGAACCUAGGAUGCAUCUCCAAGGAUUGUGAAGCCUUGGAGAAGCAGGGAGCCAAAGGAUUUGGAGACACAGUUGGUAUUUUCACCACUGUUACCAAAGGGAAGGACUUUAAAAGGGAGCAGAGGAUGUAGGAAGUGACUAGCAGGUUAAGAAGAUGGUGUCAGGGGCAGCUAGGUGGCACAGUGGAUAAAGCACCGGCCCUGAAUUCAGGAGGACCUGAAUUCAAAUCCAGCUUCAGACACUUGACACUAACUGUGUGACCCUGGGCAAGUUACUUAACCCUCACUGCCCCCCCUCCCCAAAAGAAGAUGGUGUUAAAGAUGUCGUUUUCUGGCCCAACAUAAGAUAUGAGAAGGGCAAGUUCUCAGCUAGAAACAUUACACAAGGAAUGGAAGAAUCUAUUUGAGAGGAAAGGACAUGAGGAAAAAAAAAAGGGGGGAGAGUCCAGGUCCAGUAGCCAGAGGAGGCAGCAAGUAUGACACAGGGUGGUAAGGAACAGGAAGAGGCAUUCAGGAAUUCACAGGAGACGAUAAUGAGGAAGAGGGGAGAUGUCAUACAAUAAUAUUGCCCAAAGUAUGAGAGGUCAAUAUGACCCACAGAGAUCACUAAGUCUUAAUAGGAAGUGAUUCAUGACCAGGAUAUUGCAAUGGAAGGCUACACCUUAUUCAAAAGAACAGAUCUGACAUAAAGGUCAGUGGGGUAGCACGCUACAGCAAGAUAGUCACCUGUGUGGAAAUCCCGAUGAGAGAAGCAAGGAACAAAGCAUUUGAUUAUGACUCGGGGGAGGAAGGUGAAUCAAAGGUAUUGUCGUAGUGGAAGUAUACUAAGCAUCACCAGACCUGCUGAUGAAACUAGAUGAUGACUUCAUCAGACUACAAAGGGGGUGGGCAAACAGGUUGGAUUUAGGAGGGGAAACUUUGCCCAAGUCAGGCAUCUGCUGGAAGAGUUUGCUAAAAGUAGAGCAGCUGGUAAGUUCUUGAUUCACCUAGCUGAAAAUUUCAUCUUCUGAAAGAUGGAGGAAACAGCAAGGAAGGUAUAUGACGAGUCUAGCCCUGGGUUCUUUUUCUUUUUUAGUUUUUUUUUUCUUUCGAUUAACAAAAAUUUAUUCUCUCUCCUUCAGACCCCUUCCCCUGCACUGGGAAAAAAAAGGAAGACAAAUGAAAUCCUUGGAAUAAAUAUGCAUAGGCAAACAAAACAUAUUCCCAUAUUGCUGGCUCCUGUUCUGACUAACAAAGGGGAAAUAGUGAAGUAGGAAUGAAAAAAACUCAAGGGACAGUGGUUAUGAGCUCCUAGUUUUGUGAUGCUAGAUAAGGGUGUAGGACCUUAGGAAGGCAGUACUGUGAGAAGAUAAGGAGGAUCCAAGGCCAAAAAAUCACUUAAAAGGGAAGGCUGGCCAAAAGGAAAGGAAAUAUUAGUUGUGUAGUUGAAAUUGAUUUUGAAAAGAAGGAGGAGUUCCUACCUGCUCCUAACAAGUUCAGUUUACUUGGUCUGGAUGUCCUGCAUCCCAGGCUACUGAAAGACCUCAUCGGUGUGAUUGUCGAACAACUGUUAAUGAAAUGUCCUGACUUUCAAAAGAUGGAAAAUGUUGACUACUUCAAAGCAUUGUGUCAUAGGAUUUAGAGGUGGAAGAAGCCACAGCAAUCAUCUAGUACAUUUCCUUCAUUUUGCCAAUGAGGACACCGGGCCCUGAGAAGUGGCUGCCGGAAAGCCGGGCUUUGAAUGAGGUGCCAUGGCUUCAAGGUCAACCCUCUUUCCACUAUCCCAAGCUCAUAAAAACUGAUUGAGUGUUUCCCACAAAUUCUCAUUUGGUGCUGACAACAAUAUCCAGAGACCAUGGGUAUUCUGGUCCCAUUCUGCCAGGCUCCUGGCUGGUG